UCUGCGAAUUCCUCUCCCUAAGAACCAAACGAACGCCACACGCUCUCACGCUCUCUCUCUCUCGCCACUCCCUCCCUCUCUCCCUCAUGAUCGCAUCUCCCUCUGCAGCUGCUGCAAAGCUAUUCAGAAGAUCUCUCAUUGCUCCCUCCAUCCGCCCUCCUCUCUCCUCCCUUUCUUUUCUCCACCACCCUUUCUCCUCUUCUUCCUCCCACACCCUUCCAAUCCAAUCCCUCAAUCCCCUCCCUUCCCUCAUCAAAACCCACAAAUCCCCUCUCAGUCCAACCCUCCACCGCUCCGCAAUCGCCGCCUCCAUCCUCCAUCAAAACCCCACCAGAGCAUUCUUCUCAUUCAUCCAACUCACCCUCUGCGAUCGUUGGACGGACCCCACCACCUCCAAUUCCCUCCUCGCCGCUCUCUCCUCAAAUGGGCAUUUUGAAUUUUCCAAAAUUGUAUUCGAUACGAUGGUCUUCCGGAAAACCGCUCUCAGUAACGUCGGCUUUGGUGUUUUCACUAAUGCAUUCUCCCGUGUUAUGGAAUUGGAGAAGAUCUUGCACUUAUUGGAUGAAACCAAGGACCGAAUGGAAGGGAUUAACGGGUCCGUAAUUGCAUUUUCGAUUGUUGAUAGUCUCUGUCGGGCAUCAAGAUUUUCUGACGCUUCACAGGCUUUGGAGGAUCUUCGCUGCAGAGGGUGUAAACCCGAUUUCAUGGCCUACUGGGUCAUCAUCCAAGGGUUCAGAUCGAUCGGUAGAGUAGACGAAGUAGUUAGCAUUUCGAAACGGAAGAGGAAGCUGGGCGUUGCACCGAGGAUGAAUGAAUAUGCUGAGUAUAUAUAUGGGUUGAUUUCGGAGGGGAUGAUUCGUGAAGCAAAAGAAUUGGGCGAGGCGAUCGUCGGCGGGGAUUUCCCAAUCAAUGAUGAUGUUUUGAAUGCGUUGAUCAGUUCGGUAUCUAGUGUUGAGCCCAAUGCAGCCAUCGCAUUUUUGAAAUACAUGGUGCAGAAGGAGAGGUUCCCCACUCUCUCGACAUUGAGAGACUUGAGUCGGAAUCUCUGUAGGAAUGGGGAGAUCGAUGAAAUGUGGGGUGUUUUUCGCAUUUUGGAUUCGAAGAGUUAUUUCUCAGAUUUGGAGCAUUACAAUUUGAUGGUGUCGUUCUUGUGUACGGCGGGGAGAGUGAAAGAGGCGUAUAGUGUUCUUAAGGAGAUGAGGAAGAACAGCUGUGGCCCGGACGUUUCAAUUUAUAAUUCCGUGAUGGAGGCUUGCUGUAGGGAAGAUCUAUUGCGGCCUGCCAAGAAGCUGUGGGAUGAGAUGUUUGCAAAUGGGUGUAAGGGGAAUUUGCAGACUUACAACAUCCUUAUUGGUAAAUUCUCGGAAAUGGGUGAAGUCGAAGAGGCGAACCAUCUAUUCCAUCACAUGUUGGAGAAAGGAGUGCAGCCUGAUAGUAUGACCUACACAUCGAUAAUUGAAGGGUUGUGCAGAGAAGGAAUGGUGGAUUUGGCGUAUGAGAUCUUUAAUUCGUCUUUGGAACAGGAUAUUGUUCUUGAUGGAUCCACAUUGAAUACAUUAGUCCUUUCUAUAUGUAAACAAGGUCAUUUCAUUGCAGCUUCGAAAGUCAUGCGUGGGCUCGCCCCUUCUAAUAUAGACAGCUUCAGAUCACACAUUGUUCUGCUCAAGAGCUUUGCAGAGGCUGGGGAGAUUGAUAUGGCCAUUGACCACAUCAAAUGGAUCCAAGAUACUUCCCCUCUGAAAUCAGGUGCAAUAACAAGCGAACUCAUAGCAUCCCUUUCUUCUUCAUCAAAGCCAGAGCCUGUUCUGCAAUUGCUUCAUAAGAUGAAGGAACGGGGCCUAGCUUCUGAAGAUUACCCAUGGGUUGAUUUAUGCAAAGAAUCGUUCGAAUGGUGAUGGCCAAGCGUACAUAUGCAAUGUGCAUGGAAAAUCUUGAUUAAAGGUAGCAAAAUCAGAUGCCAGAUGGAUGAUGAAUACAGACCCUGACUAAUUGAUGGUGGGUCCACUGGAUGGAUUAUCUGGACUAUCAUGCAUGCGGCUGAUCACAGGGACUUUAAUAGUCGCGCUAAGAGCAGUCUCACGGUAAGUGAUGUGAUGACAUGCAGGACAUGCCUACUCUGAAUUCUUAUCAGGCGAUUGGGAUUUGGUGGGGCCUGCAUCUCAUCCCUGUUUGAUCUUUCUCUCCACUUUGUUUCACAGCAACAGCACUGAGUCAUGAGCCUCAUCAAAUGUACCGUUUGUUGGCACAUGAUACCAUACAUGUGGUGUCCAUGGUUUAGUGAUCAGGCCAUUGCUCUGAUGGGCCCAACAAUGGACAGGCGGAUCCCAACCUUUUGAUCAGUGGCCUACAAGUAGACAGUUGACAAGAGAAAUACCACAGCAGUCCAAAUUCAACAGAAAAUAUCCCAAAGAUGGAAAGGUUAGAUCUUUAUGUGAGAUUUUUGGGCAUCUUCCCAUCCACAUGGAACCCAUCACAUAAAACAGUUUUGAUCAUUGAACCAUCGGGCCCACAUGUAGAGAAUCUGGGACCUCCACAAAUUAUACAUUUGCAAGGCUUGGUACACUUACAAUUACUCCACAUGAAAAGUCUUCGCAGCACACGCUCUAUGUGGCACAUGUGUAAGAUUCUGCCCAUUCCUCAGGUUAAAAACCCCCUGGCCAAAAUAUCAUUGGCACUUGUGUGCCCCACCUGAUGAAUACACAGGAUCUCAGGCAUAUGUACUUCAUUGGCACAUGUGCCAAACAGAUACUGCUCACCAAAAUCUCAAAUGAUAAGGAGACCACGAAGAUACACACCAUUAAAGAAAGGAUUCCCCCCUUAAGUGGGGCCCAUGUUCAUUGAUCCAGGCCAUUAGUCUAGUGUAUCCCACUGUGGAUGGACCAAGUCACAAGGAUCUCCUGCAUUGGAUCAGUACUGGGACUUGUUUCCAGUUGACUGUGGACUGUUGUUUUACCUCUCUUUUUAACUGUCUAUCUGCCACCCUCUAACCAAGAGGUUAAGACUUUCCUUUCUAGGAGAAUUUUGGGGCAUGAUCCAUCCAUAAUGGGACAUAACAAACAAAUGGUCUGGAUCCAUGGGCCCCAGGUAUACCAACCAAACUUGCAAUUAAUCACAAAAUCCCCCUUUUCCCAAUCAUGUUUAUAGCCCAUUUAAUUACUUGCAGAGCUUUGGUAAGCCCAUGCACAUGUACAAGGCAACCCAUCUGCAUGCCACAAUAGGUGCCAUCGUAGAUGGGUGCAAGAUCCAAGCCGUCCAUUAUAUGGGUUCACGCUGAAAGAUGCCUUUGGCCAAAAAAUCGGGGCGGUCCAUUUGUCAGGUUGAUCACAGUUCAAGAAACAAAUGGAUGGCCAGAAAAGGAAAAAACUUGGUGAAGUUUUUCUAAGACAUCGUGCCUUUCAAACAUCAUGGCCCACCUGAAGAAUGGAACAGCCUGUUUUUUGCAGACCCAUCUUAUGGACGACUAGGAUCUUGCUCUGGUAUGCCACAGUGGCACUAAGAGUGGCUAGAUUGCUGUGUGCAUGCAUGUGAAGCUUACCAAACCUUUUUAUCAGAUUCUCCAAACGCAUGCAUUGGAUUGCCAAUUACACAUGUU